AUGGAAGCUAGAGCGCAACAGGCCGAGACCAAGUUAUGGGAGUAUCAGCAAAUGAGUUCUGCCUCUCAGUCGGCUGGGUACACUAUGAUGAGUAGGCCACCUCCAAUGCCUCCGCCACCCCCUGCGCCCCUCGCCCACCUCCAGCCACGUCCACGCAUUCCUGCCCGGUUUGAUGGAACAGCUUCCAAACUUCCUUACUUCAUCUUGCAGCUGGAUGCGCACAUGCAGGAAUAUGAUGACUUGUAUCGUUCUGAAAGGGAGAAGGUGAGGGAUAUUGGGUCGGUACUUGACGGGGAGGCGGCUGAAUGGUUCGUGGAAUUGUUUGAAUUAGAGGUGGACAAGCUGAAUUCGGUAGCUGAACUUCUCCAAGGGCUUCGGCUUCGUUUUGAGGAUCGUGACAUGGUUGAGAAGGCGAGGAAAACCCUGAAAACCAUUAAGCAAGGAGGCCGCCCUUUCGCCGACUUUGCACAUCAAUUUCGGGCAGCUGCCAGCAAAAUACCUGACUAG